AUUUUUAUAGUUUUUCUUAAAACUCACUAUUGUCCAUAUAUGAAUGCUGCCUAUGGAAGCUGCAGUUUCUAUAUUACACUUCUCGACUGUUUUCACGCAGUAAAGAAGGCAAUGCAGUACGGCUUUUUAAAUUUCAACGCAUUUAACCUUGAUGAAUAUGAACACUAUGCAAAAGCAGAAAAUGGAGAUUUUAACUGGAUAAUACCAGAGCAGUUUCUUGCCUUCUGUGGACCUCAUUCAAGAUCGAGGCUUGAAAGUUAUAAUCAAAUUGUUAUUCAGUCCCCCAUCCAGACACUGUUUCCACCUUCUUUCAGCACCCCUGCUGAGGCAAUUGUCCAAGAGUUUCUGGAUAUUUGUGAAAAUGUUGAGCGUGCCAUUGUAGUGCACUGCAAAGCUGGCCUUGGCCGAACAGGUACUCUGAUAGGCUGCUACCUCAUGAAGCAUUAUAGGAUGAUGGCAGCCGAAAGCAUUGCCUGGCUCAGAAUCUGUAGACUGGGUUCCGUGAUUGGGCCCCAGCAGCAGUUUCUGGUCAUGAAACAGUCAAGCCUCUGGCUGGAAGGCGACUAUUACCGCCAGAAGUUGAGAGGGCAGGAGAAUGGACCCCUAGGAACAGCCUUCUCCAAACAACUCUCGGAUAUUGACGACAUUUCGAUAAGUGGGCUUGAGAAUCAAGACAAUCAAGAGCCAGAGCUGUAUAGCGAUGAUGAAAUCAGUGGAGUAACUCAAGGAGACAAGCUUCGGGCCCUGAAGAGUCGGAGACAGUCCAAAGCCAACACUGUCCCCCUCACUCCAGCCGUUUCAAGGACUAAGACAGUCUUGCGUUAAAAAACCGC